AUGGAACGGGUGUCUGACCAUCACUUGGAUUCAAGAUGAAGAUCUGUUUGAUGCUCAUCGUUGUCGCUGCUCUUGCUGGUAACAGCUGGGCAUUGAAUAGAUGCUCCGUAGUAAAUGCCAUUAGAAGAGGUGGGCUUGUUGGCAUUAAAGGUUAUUCCUUGGGGGACUAUGUGUGCAUGGCUUAUCACGCUAGUCGAUACGAUACCUCCCUGAAUAGAAGUCCAACAGAGUACGGCAUCUUCCAGAUCAACAGCUACUGGUGGUGCGAUGAUGGGAAAACCCCGGGACGCAAGAAUCUCUGUGGCAUACGGUGCAAAAACUUGCUAAAUACAAACAUCUCAGACGAUGUGAAUUGCCUAAAAAGAAUUGUGCGUGAUCCCAAUGGUCUGGGAGCUUCGACCCCCUGGAAAAAAUAUUGUAAAGGCAAGAACGUCAGCUCCUACGCCACUGGGUGUUAGUCCAACCUGAUGAGCAGAAAGUAGUGGCUGCUUUUCCUGUCUAAACUGUUUAACCAAAUCUAAUCUUUCUGUCUCUGUGCCUUGUUAGACUCUCAUUAAACUUCUGUAGCAUUAA